UCAUCCCAAUCAGGGAAACACCUGCAGCGGUUUUUGAGCAAUUGAAGUAACUCAUGGCAGGAUUUAGUCAACGAUCUUGUGUUUUUCAGUGAAGUCGGGGGGACUUUUACGGUAAUACGAUAGCACACUCUCGUGUUGGAUAGCAUAAAAAAGAAGGAAAAGCAAAAAACUACGAAGCUAACAUAAACUGAAGUGAGCAAUUUCCCCGCCCAUUUACAAAAUGCUAACGUACCAUUGCUAUUAAGUUAGCAUUGACGCUACUAGCUAUCAUGAAUGAAUCUGAUUUUAUAUACCGUGACGGGUCAUUUAGUCAAUUUGUUGCUGCCGGUACUGAUCUUUAUGCUCAUAAAUAUUAUGAAAAGCCCUCUUUUGAAAGAGAAACCUUUUUCUUUUAACAAUUAAGAAGGACGAAAUGAAGUUAGUGAGCCACCAGCAGGUCAGCCAGCUGUUCCACAACAAAUUCAUUGUGGUUUUGGGAGACUCCAUUCAGAGGUCCGUCUACAAAGACCUUGUCCUGCUUUUACAGAAGGAUAAAUACCUCAACUUGGUACAACUUAAACGAAGGGGUGAAAUGAGCUUUGAACAGGACUGCCUGGUGGAAGGAGGUUGCCUGAGCCAAAUGCACAACGGGACGGGAUACCGGGAGGUCCGGCAGUACCAGUCUGCCCACCACCUGGUCCGCUUCUACUUUGUCACGCGCAUCUACUCGGACUACAUGAAGAGCAUCGUGGAGGACUUCCGCCAGGGGCUGAAACCAGAUUUGGUCAUAGUCAACUCUUGUGUUUGGGAUAUUUCAAGGUACACUUUAGAAUGGGUGGACAAGUACAAAGACAACCUCAAGAGGUUCUUUGAAGAACUGCUUGGGAUCCUGCCAGAAGAAAGCUUGGUCAUAUGGAACCUCGCCAUGCCCCUGGGAGAGCGCAUCAAAGGGGGGUUUGUGGUCCCUGAGCAGAUUUCGCACAAAGCUCCCCAUCUACGUCAUGACGUGAUCGAAGCCAACUUCUACAGCGGAGUCCUGGCUUCCGCCUCCAAGGUGGACGUGCUGGACCUCCACUUCCACUUCCGCUUCGCCCUGCAGCAUCGCACCAACGACGGUGUCCACUGGAAUGCCCUGGCCCACCGCCGAAUAAGCACCUUGGUGUCGCUGCACGCCGCAGACGCCUGGGGCGUGGAGCUGCCACUUCCUUCUCUCGAGGACUUUCCUGUUGCUCAUCAGCUGCCGGGCCGGGAAGGUUUUCCCGAACACGUUGUGUGGCCUCCAGCAACCAACUGGUGUCCUCAUCCUCCCUUCAACGGCUUUCCAAACUUUGAAGCUAACCCACCGCCGCCGCCGUACUGGCACGGGGCCGCUGCUUUCCGUGCGCCUUACCCUAAUCCUGGCCCACUUCCAAACGCCCGUGCGCUGCGUGGGUUAACCCCAGGUUACGACUGGCCCCGCCCGUACGCGAGGAGGACGAGGCACGCCAGACGCCAGUACGUGCCAUACGCUCGUCACAUGCCCCAUCUAUAUUAAGUUAGUACAUGUGCAUUACAAUGUUUACUGCACAUAAGACAAAGUGUUGUUAGAAUUUUGUGGUCAGUUCUCACACAUUCUCCGCUUAAAUUGGUUUCUUAGUGUGAGUUUUAUAUUUUCACUCUUGUUAAUUACCUUUUAAAUGUGCUUUUCCUAU